AUGCCCGGCGUACCACUCACGAAGCUGCUGGGGUGGCGGGGUCUCACGAGUGCGCUGCUGUUGCUGGCGCUGACCACCACCGAAGCGGCCCCGCUGCGCAGAGCCACCCGGACCAGCUCCACCUCCGCCGCCGCCACCUCCGCCACCGCCGCCACCGCCUCCUCCUCCGCUCCCGCCGCCGCCUCCGCCUCCACCGCCGCCACCGAAGCCCCCACCCCCGCCACCACUCCCACCGCCACCCCCACUCCCUCCGCCGCCUCCACCGCCACCUCCACUGCCCCCGCCAGCCCCUCCAGCGCCCUUGCCCCCCUUGCUGUGAGGAUCUAG